AUGAUUUGCGGCUUUAUUGUCAUUGGCAUGGCCUUCCUCAAACAUUGGGGCCAGAUGGUUGCUCUGCGAGUCAUUCUUGGGGCUCUUGACUCCGGUUUCUUCCCUACUUGUGUUUACCUUCUCAGUACCUGGUACACUCGCUACGAGGUUGGCAAGCGCUACUCAGCCUUUUACAUUGUGGUGUGUCUCGCCACAGCGUUCUCUGGAAUCCUGGCAUUUGGGUUCACCAAAUUGGAAGCAAAGGCGGGACUCAGGGGUUGGUCAUGGAUUUUCCUCAUGGAAGGCAUCAUCACCUGUUGUCUCGGAGUCCUUUGCUAUUUCGUGUUGGUCGGUUUUCCCGACUCCAAAAAGCGAACCUGGGGAUUUCUGUCUCAGCAAGAGAUUGCAUGGGUUGUGUCUCGUGUUCAAGAAGAUCGCGGGGAUGCAAAGCUCCCCGCUCUUAGUGUGAAAGGAUUUCUGAGAGGCGGGGCUGAUGUCAAGGUCUGGGCAUUUGCGUUGAUUUACUUCAAUCAGGCCCUUGUCAACUUUGCUUUGUCAUUCUUUCUCCCCAUUAUCUUGAAGGAGAACAUGGGCUUCAGCACUGGCAAAGCCCAGAUCAUGAUCGCUCCACCGUACGUUCUCGGUGCGGUUCUCAUGUGGAUUUCCGGGUGGCUAGGAGAUCACUUCAUGGUACGUGGUCCCAUCAUCAUAGGAGACAUGGUUGUCGCCAUUGUUGGAACCGCUCUGGUCGGAUUCCAUAACGACGUGGCUGUACGCUACACCGGCGUCUUUCUUCUUACUGCCGGCUCUUUUUCUUCUAUUCCUGUCGUCAUGGCCUAUCAAGCAAACAACAUCCGAGGACAAUGGAAGCGGGCAUUCUCUAGCGGCCUGGUCGUUGCGUUCGGUGGUGUUGGCGGCAUCGCCGGUUCUCUCAUUUUCCGGAGUCAAGAUAAGCCCAGCUAUCUCCCAGGCUUAAGCACCUGCAUGGGAUGUGCCGUCUUGAAUAUCAUCAUUAUUCUGGGCCUCAGCGCUUACUUUUACUACUGGAACGCUAAGGCUGAGCGUGGUGAGGUUGAGCUUGAAGCCUCAGAGGCAAGAAACUGA